CGUUUUUACUGUUUAAUAUUAAAUUAAUAUUAAUCAUUUUAGACAAAAAAUGGCUCGCAGAAAGCAUCGGCCGAGAAAAGGUAAAUCGGCUAAGAAGGCCAAGGCAGCCACGGCCAACGCUGACGAAGAGUUUGCCAAAAAUCCCCAUAGUUUCAUUUUUAAUAGGAAUCGAGUAGGCAGGAAUGUGACUCGACUAAUAAAAGAUAUGAGGAAAGUUAUGGAGCCCUACACUGCUACUAAAUUGAAGGCCAGAAAAAAAAACCAGCUGAAAGAUUUUAUAAGCGUAGCUAGCAUUUACAACGUCACACAUCUUGUGAUGUUCACAAAAACGAAGUUGGGCGUAUACAUGAAAAUAGCCAGAGUUCCCCACGGCCCCACUAUUUCGUUUAAAGUCGAGUCGUACUCACUUGCAAAGGAUAUCGUUUCCUCGUUAAAAAAACCGCAUUCUGAAUCUAAACAAUUUUUGCACCAUCCAUUAUUGGUUAUGAACAACUUUGGAGGUGAGGCUCUCAACCACAAGAUCAUAUCCUCCAUGUUUCAAAAUUUGUUCCCAUCCAUUCACAUCAAUAAGGCUCGACUAAACGACUACAAACGAUGUGUCGUCCUAAGUUACAAUUCAGAAGAAGAGACAAUAGAUUUUAGGCAUUAUAACAUUCAUGUCGUCCCAACUGGCCUAAGCAAGCCAGUGAAAAAAUUGAUAAAACCAAAGAUACCAGAUCUCUCGUCAUACGUUGACAUCAGUGAUUUCGUUCUCAAAAGUGGCAAUCUGUCGGAGAGUGAGGCCGAGCAAGACGGUCCGGCCAAUGAAGUUGUUCUGCCGCAGUUUGUGUCCGGUAGGGGGAACAUCCCCUCGAGUAAAAGUGCAGUUAGGUUGUUGACAGAGAUAGGUCCACGCCUAACGCUGAAACUGUUGAAGAUACACGAGGGUCUGAGCAGCGGUGAGGUUCUGUACCAUCGGUUCAGGGCCGGCCCUAUCAAUCCUCCCCCAAAGAAAAAAGCUAAAUUAACUCUGGACAAUGAUGAUGAUGAUAAAAAGAGUAAUGAUGAUGAUAUGAAAGGUGCUGGUAAUGAUGUUAAAGAUGACGACGACGAUGAUGAUAUGAGAUGAUGAUGAUAAAGAAGAGGAUGAUGAGGAUGAUGCAGAAAUGGAAACUGGCGGUAGUGAUGACGAUGAUUAGUAAAUUUUUUCCAUUUAUUUUUUUUUUGACAAUGUAUUAUAUUUUAAAUUUGUGCAUUAAGAGUUCGUGUAUUUUAUGCAAUAGGCGGUAAAUUAUAAAUA